GCAGCCUGGCUUCCAGGCGUUGGGAAGCCGUUAGAAGUUCGUCCCGCAGAAACCCCUGUCCCAGACAAAGGCGAACUGUUGGUUGAGGUGAAGGCUGUUGCUGUCCAGCCAGCAGAGUACAAGAUCCAGGAAGGCCUCCUCCCGUUUCCGCUGAAAUACCCUACAAUCAUUGGACUAUCAUUUUCAGGUAUAGUCGUCAAAGUUGGUUCCACUGUAACCAGAUUCAAAAUCGGCGACCGCGUUGUCACAAACAGCGCUGGAACAAUCCGGAAUGACUCAAGAUUUGGGGCUUAUCAAAGGUACGCCCUGACCACGCAAGAGCUAACAGCCAAGGUAAGCAACUCUCAUCAACCUUUCGAGGCCUCGGCCUCGGUCUCCAAUCUCUAUGGUGCUGCCAGCGCCCUGUUCCUCCAUCUUCAACUUGAAAAGCCAUCGGAGGAGCCCAAGUCUGGCAACAAGGCCGAGAAAAUCCUCAUCUGGGGCGCCUCAUCGUCUUUUGGAGCGUAUGCAACGCAAUUGGCUGCGGAAGCUGGCUAUACCGUCGUGGGAGUUGCAUCCGCACAGAAUGCAGAACUGGUCCAAUCGUUUGGCGCCACACACUUCGUCGACCGAAAAUCGCCAGAAGUCUCGCAAGAACUGGUUGCGCUGGGACCUUUCAAGGCAGUUCUUGCAGCUGCUGACUCAGCGCGUGACCAGGUAGUGAUUGCGUGGAUUUUGGCCGCUCAAGGGGGUGGCUCGUUCUUAUCAACCAUGGGCUUGAGACAAGGCGUAACGCUUCCGCCAGGAGUAAGUGGGCAUUUUUCACAGUUCAUAGAUGACUACUUGGACCCCAAGAACCAGGAAUUUACCAAGUGGCUGUGGUGGCAGUACCUGGAGAAUGCACUGCAAUCUAGAAAGCUAAAGCUCCUUCCCGUUCGAGUUGCUGGCGGUCUAUCACAGGUGCAGGCGGCAUGGGACCUUCUC